CGGCUAUAGGGCGGCCAAGACAGCACAGAUCUUGUACUUGUGUUAGAGUCGCUCCUGGGUCGAGACAAGCCGCGCAAAACGAGAUGGCUUCCUCAGCAGUCGAGGCCACCGUCGAGUCCUGUGCGGCCGAAGCCAGCACCCUCGGCUUUACAUGCACCUGGCACGACCGCGCUACCGGUGCGCCCGCUACCGGGCCCCGCGCGUCGCUCACGCUGCGCCUCGCGCACGAAUCGGCAGAGGACGCGGUGCACGUGGACUUCCUCCCUGUCCUCGACCGCGUGCAGAUCUUCGCAGAAUGUGGCGCGCGACGGGCGCGCUGCGACGUCGAAGCCGGCGCGGCGGGCGCCGGGCGCCGCUUCGCCGUUCACGUCCUACAGCCGCUCGUCACGGGCGGCGUUGCGGACGAAACCUUGCUCGGCCUGCCGGAGUCGGUGCGGCGCGUGAUUUACGAGCUGCUGCCCGCGCCCGCUGUGGGCCUCGUCGCGGAGACGACGAAAGCGCUCCGCGCCGAGGCGACGAGUGAUGCGGUCUGGGUGCGGCUCCUCCACCGCGACGCCGACGCGCUGCGGGUCGACCCGCGGGACCUGCCGACCGCUGGUCGGACGCGGCGGGCGCACGACAUCUACGCGGCGUUCGUCCAGCUUCGGGCAGCUCGCCGGAGGUUCCAUCGAUCCCGGGAUCCAACGUGGAGAGAGCGGGACGAGGAGAGCCGCCCGCGCCUUGCAGAGCUGCGCCACGGCUUCUACGAGGACGAUUCCGGGACCCUGACAAUACUACCAUGGAGGCAGCGGGUCAUCGACAACCAAGGCCCCGACUGGGCGCUGCUCCCUCCAGAUUACCGGAGAGGCGAGGGAAUGCACACCUUCUACCCGAGGAACCCCGUACUGUUUGGGCCGGCGUGGUAGUCCCACAGACGACGCUGCAGGGCGCGCCAUUAAACUGUGUAAGAUCAUGUACCAAUACUACUAAACUU